UAUUACCGGGAAUAGCCGGUCAUCCACCGGUUUCUCGAACCCCCAUGAUCACCAGACAGACUUUCUCAAUGGCCACAGGGAGAAAGAAAAAAAAAUCAAUAAAUAAAAAGAAAGAGAAACUGUAACAAUGAUUUUGUUUGAGUGUUUUGAGUUUGAGGGUGAGCGACAAAUAUUAGAUUGAGUUUUAUUUGGUUUGUCUGAGAGAUAAAAGAUGCGUGAGGUGCUGCAGCCCAUACCCAAAAUCUCAGUUUCUUGAACGCAUCACCGCUAAAAUGCGCCAGCACUCUCUUCUCUGCCAUGUUUUCAGCUUCAGAAGAAGAUCAUGAUAACCUUUCAUUUCAUCAUUUACAAUAGCCCACACCUCUGUCUUUCACUGUUUUUUCUCUAAAUCAAAUUCUUUUUUAAUAUAACCUUUAGAAAAUCUUCUUUUAAAUUUUUUUUGUUGCUGUUUCUCUUGCUGUACUCUUUGAACUCGUUUGUAUUUUAUUUUAUUUUUGUUUGGGUUUCUUGAACUCUGUCGGUCUCUCUCCUAGAGAGGUGUUUUUAUUGUUUUUGUGUGGCUAUGGCGGAGGGUUAUGAGCCCUACCAUGUCCCACAACAAAGCAGAAGAGAUAAGCUAAGAAUUGUGGCUCAAAACCACCCAGCUUGUGUUGAAUCAACGACUGUUACUCUUUCAGGUUGCUCAGGUUUACUUCCUUUGUACGACCCUUCUUUUUUUUCUUCCGAUUUGUUAACUUGCGCUACUGCCAACGCUAGUGCUACUCCAGGUAGCCAUGACUUUCACAACCAGACGACCAACCAGGUUUCGGCUUUGGCUUCUGGUAAAAACAGUCCCGUUUGUGUUGUUAAAGAAGAAGGUGUGAAUUUUAUAGGUUUUGUUGGCGGGAUUGUUAACGGUUCUUCUUCUUCUUCAACUUCUCAUCACCCUUAUUUGGAUCCACAAUCGUCUUUACCGUUGAACCCUAGCUCGAUUCAAGAUAUGACUAACAACCCUUUUUAUACCCCGCAAAACCUUCAAAACCUAAGAGAUUUUGACCAGUCUUAUAAUAAUGGUGAUGGUGAAGUUGUGGUUUAUAAACCUGAACCUUUGUCUUUGAAUCAUGAGUCAAGUACCAAUGGUCAAGGCUUAUCUCUUUCUUUAUCUUCUCAUAAUACCCACCAAAACAAUCUUCCUUUGGAGCUAAAUCUACAAAGAUACGAGUCUGCUAUCUACAGUGAUAAGGUUACUGCCAGUGGGUACGUGGUUCCAAGCAUUAUUGGUGCUAGUUCUUCUACUUCGAAUGAGGUUUCCAGGAGCUCAGUCCCUCUCGGGCCUUUCACGGGUUAUGCUUCGAUUUUGAAGGGAUCGAGGUUUUUGAGACCUGCACAACAGUUAUUAGAAGAGCUUUGUGAUGUGGGUAGGGGAAUUUACGCUGAAAAAAUUACUCCUGAUGCUUCACUGAUGGAGACUGCAUUGCAGAAUUUGAGUGCUACUGGAAUUAUUGAUGAUCCUCUUGGUGGGGGAGAUGGUGGUGAGAAUAGAAGAAAAAAGUCAAGGCUAAUUUCAGUGCUUGACGAGGUUUACAGGAGGUACAAGCAAUACUAUCAACAGAUGCAAGCUGUAGUUGCAUCGUUUGAAUAUGUUGCUGGACUGGGCAAUGCAGCUCCAUAUGCAAACUUGGCUUUGAAAGCCAUGUCUAAACAUUUCAGGUGCUUGAAGACUGCAAUCACUGACCAGCUUCAGUUCACUAAUAAAGCUCAUGGUCAGAUAAGCGCCAGAAAAGAUGAAGGUCCAAGGUUUGGAAGCACUGACAGAUGCCUUUAUAACCGACCUGUUCAUAACUCUGGGUUCCUUGAGCACCAACCGGUUUGGCGCCCUCAACGAGGCCUUCCUGAACGCGCUGUAACUGUACUUAGAGCAUGGCUAUUUGAACACUUUCUACACCCUUAUCCAACUGACACAGACAAGCUAAUGUUGGCAAAACAAACUGGUCUAUCACGUAGCCAGGUGUCAAAUUGGUUUAUCAAUGCAAGAGUUAGGCUUUGGAAACCAAUGGUGGAAGAAAUACACAUGCUAGAAACACGACAAGCUCAAAAAGCUUCGCAAAAGGAGGACAGAAAUGCCAACAAGUCAAGUGAUCAUUUGUCGUCAGCAAACACACUUGCGUCUGAAAAUCCAUCCAGCUCCACCCAAAGGGUUCAAGAUACCCCCUGCAAGCGCACUAGAAGUGAACUUCCUGAUAUACCCGAGGGAAGUGAACCACUUAACUUAUCGACGUACAACGGCUUGUCAAGCCAUCCACAUGUUGGUAUUGGCGUUAGCAUGGCAGGUGGAAGUGGUGGUGUUUCCUUAACACUGGGUCUUCAUCAGAAUAAUGGUAUUGGAUUAUCAGAGCCCUUUCCUAUAAAUGCAGCUCAGCGUUUUGGCCUUGGCCUUGAGGUAAGCAGCGAGGGGUAUGUUAUUGGUGGUUUUGAAGCACAGAAUCGGCAUUUUGGGAGGGAUGUUAUCGGAGGGCAGCUUUUACAUGAUUUUGUGGGUUGAAAAAUGUUCAGAGAAAAAGCUUUCUGGUCAUAUUAUUUGAUUGGAUAGUAUAUUAUACUAACAAAGUUUCACGUAGAUGAGCCAAUAUUUAUUACCAGAAUGCAAAGCUGAAACAAGAUUAGUCAAAAUGAUUGUCCUCUUUUACGGUGUAUUUAUAUUUCCUUUUAGAGAAUGUCUCCGACAUAGAUUAUUGGUGUAAAAUUCUUCUGUAAAAUUUAAUUUACAUGAUAAAAUAUUAUACAUUUUGAGGCCAUCAAAUGGAGGCUGGCCUUAGAAUGUGCCUAAUAUUCAAAAUGCACCAUUUCACCAUUUUGACGUUGAAUCUUUCUUAUUUGUCAAUCACUGCACCAGCCCCAAUGUAUCAUUGGCAUUUCACCAUUAAUGUACAUAAUAGUAAAUGAGUUCCUAAAUUGUAUUUGAUGACAUUUCCAAUUCGGAUGUA